AUGAGCACGUGGACUUUCCGGCGGCGGCCUGGCCGCAGGCUCGGAUUCCUGGCGCUGGUGGUCUUAAGCUUCCUGGUGCUCCGCAGAUUGGAUUGGCACAAUCUGCUCCCUCCAUGGCUAAGACAUCGCCAGUUAGGGCUGCAGGCAAAAGGCCAGAACUUCAUGCUGGAGGGCUCCACCUUCUGGAUCUUUGGGGGUUCUGUGCACUACUUCCGGGUGCCCAGACAUUACUGGAAGGACCGCUUGCUGAAGCUGAAGGCCUGUGGCUUGAACACCCUAACCACCUAUGUACCCUGGAACCUCCAUGAGAUUGAAAGAGGCAAAUAUGACUUCUCUGGGAAUCUGGAUCUGGAGGCCUUUAUCUGGAUGGCUGCGGAACUUGGACUAUGGGUGAUUCUGCGUCCAGGCCCCUAUAUUUGCAGUGAGAUUGAUCUUGGGGGCCUGCCCAGCUGGCUGCUCCAAGACCCUGACAUGAAGCUGAGAACCACAUAUAAGGGCUUCACAACGGCCGUAGAUCAUUACUUUGAUCACCUGAUGUCCAGGGUGGUCCCACUCCAGUACAAGCUUGGGGGACCCAUUAUUGCUGUGCAGGUAGAGAAUGAAUAUGGUUCCUAUAACAAAGACCCAGAUUACAUGCCUUAUAUCAAGAAGGCCUUAGAGGACCGAGGUAUUGUGGAGCUACUCCUGACUUCAGACAACAAAGAUGGCCUGAGCAAGGGAGUCAUCCAUGGAGUUCUGGCCACCAUUAACUUACAGUCGCAACAUGAGCUACACUUACUAACCACAUUUCUCUUAAAUACCCAGGGAAUUCAGCCCAAAAUGGUGAUGGAGUACUGGACAGGCUGGUUUGACUCAUGGGGUGGCCCUCACAACAUCUUGGAUUCUUCUGAAGUUUUAAAAACUGUGUCUGCCAUUAUUGAUGCUGGCUCCUCCAUCAACCUCUACAUGUUCCACGGAGGGACAAACUUUGGCUUCAUGAGCGGAGCUAUGCAUUUUAAUGAAUACAAGUCUGAUGUUACCAGCUAUGACUAUGAUGCAGUUCUGACAGAGGCCGGAGAUUACACAGCCAAGUACUUCAAGCUUCGAGAAUUCUUUGGCUCCUUCUCAGGUGCCCCUCUCCUCCCCCCACCUGACCUUCUUCCCAAGACUGCAUAUGAACCACUAAUGCCAGCAUUCUACCUAUCCCUUUGGGAUGCCCUGAAGUACAUGGGGGAGCCAAUCAAGUCUGAGAAUCCAGUCAACAUGGAGAACCUGCCAGUAAAUGAUGGGAAUGGACAGUCAUUUGGGUAUACUCUGUAUGAAACCACUAUCUCCUCAUCUGGAAUCCUCAGUGGUCUUGUGCGUGACCGGGGACAGGUGUUUGUGAAUACAGUAUCCAUAGGAUACUUGGACUAUAACAAUAAAAAGAUUGAUAUCCCCUUGGUCCAGGGUUACACUGUGCUGAGGAUCUUGGUGGAGAAUCGUGGGCGAGUCAACUAUGGUGAAAAUAUCAAUGACCAGCGCAAAGGUUUAAUUGGAGACCUCUAUCUAGAUGGUUCUCCCCUGAAAAAAUUCAGAAUCUACAGCCUGGAUAUGAAAAAGAGCUUCUUUCAGAGGUUCAGCAUCAACAAGUGGAGCUCUCUCCCUGAAGAACCUACAUUUCCUGCUUUCUUCUUGAGUGGCUUGUCAGUUGGUCCUUCCCCUUCUGACACCUUUCUGAAGCUGGAGGGCUGGGAAAAGGGGGUUGUAUUCAUCAAUGGCCAAAACCUUGGACGAUACUGGAACAUUGGACCCCAAGAGACGCUCUACCUCCCAGGUGCCUGGUUGGACCCAGGUAUCAACCAGGUCAUUGUGUUUGAGGAGAAGAUGGCAGGCCCAGUGAUACAGUUCACAGAAACACCCCACCUAGGCAGGAACCAGUACAUUAACUGA